AUGCAAAAGUACCCUUUGCAGCGGCGCUACCCCCCGUCCACCCCGAGCUGCAGCGUGGUUGCGGCGGGGAGCAGCGGCGGCGGCAGCGGCGGCAGCGGCGGCGGCGUUGGGCGUGGCGUCUCAAACGGCCCGGUGCCGGAGGUGGCUGCCGCCAGCUACGUGACGAUGUCCUCCGCCGACGCCACCGACGCCAGUGACGAGGAAGUGAAUCAGCUGCUGCGGGAACUGGAGUGUUCGGUGGAGGGGCCAAAUGCGGCGGCCGUGAUGCGGGACGCGGUGUCGGCCAUCGAGCGGCGGGCCUUGGCAAGCUGCGACUCCAUGAGCCGCGACCUCUUUCUUGAGCAGCGCAUCCGCGACGUCCUCUCCGAGCUCUCGCGGACGUCGAACCCAAAGCUGCUGCUUCUUGCCGUGGAGUUUGUGGACGCCCUCCUUGCGGUGCCGUACACAAACCCCCAGCAAAAGUUUACGCGGCUCUGCCGUAGCCUCUUCAUCGUGCUGCACUGCGGAAUUGAGAAGCCGGCGAAGGAGGCGCAGCGUGUGCUGAAGCGUAUGCUGGCGUUGGACCUGCAGCUUGGGUCCUUUGGGCCCCCGCUCAAGUCGUUUAUCACGAAGGAACUGAAGGACAACUGCGAAUUGUCGCUGAUUCAGCUGCAUGGACGCGCGCACCAGACAAAGGCCCCGUUUGUUGCACAGUUUCUUUCCGUCAUGCUGGCCCUUUCCGCCACAGCCGAGGUCAACGCACGCUACAUGCUGGGGCCGCUUCGUCCGCAUGCCGUGCAGCUUGCGACCGCCCUUGCGGGUUCCUCCGACGAGGUGCUUCGCCGUGCCGCCUACGACUGCCUGGUGGCGAUAUUUAGUAACACGAGCGCCAUGCGGCACAACGAGGUCGUGCUGGAGAACCGGCGCGUAUUGGCCGACGCGAUUCGGUCCUUGAACACGAGCCACAAUAAUGAAAGCAGCAUCAUCUCCACCCUGCAGUCCCUGCGCGCGCUCAUCAGCAGCAGGGGGGUGCACUUUAUGGAGAAGCAGGUGCCGAUACUGCCGCAGUUGUGCGUGCUCGUGACGGAGCAGCACCGGGUCUCCAAGUCGCAGGCGGUGCGGGCGGCGGUGUGCGACCUCGUGCCGGUUAUUGCGGAGACGGACGUUCUCUCCGCCGUGCGUCGCACAACGUACUGCGCCAUUAUUAUGGAGCCCGUUAAGAAUGUUCGCGAUGAACGCAACAAGAGCCUGGAGCUGCGCAACGUCGCCACAUUUAUCCGAAACGUCGGGUACGAGGCUCUGGACUCGACAAACCGCACGAAUCUGGACUCCAUCCUCAUGCGCUACGUCGCACGUCGGGAGACGCAGGAGGAGUGUUGGCACAUUUUGGCAGCCAUCUGCAGCCGGCAAGUGCAGGCGGCGCUGCGGCAGGUGGUGCAAAGGGGCAGGUCUGGGUGGUCCGUCUGCGCCAGCUUCUCUGCCAGCAAGAGUGAGUCGCCCAACCUGGCGGAAAGCGUGUACUCCAUACAAAACCUCUCGCUUGGGAGCGAUGGGGCGACAUCUGCGUUGCCCAAGGCGGUUUUCCACGCGAACGCUAUGAAGCAGCAGGAAAUCGUCCAGCACGUGGAUGGGUUGGUCCGCCGCUGCAUUCCGCACCUGGCGAAUGCCGUGCUCUCCGCGGAGCUCGUCAAGUACCUGACGAUGAUUCAGCAGCACGUCCUCACCGUGAGCACCGAGCUGCAGGCGGCCCUUGACGCCCUCGUCGACAGCAAACUGAGGGACAACGCGCAGGACUCGAGGCGAGCGGGCCUCGACGCUGGCAGGCGGUCAGCGACGCGUGACGGACGUCACGCCUCCAGCCUGGGCGCCCAUCCGCUGCCGACGCCGCAGGGCGCCCCGCAGGCGUCAACAUUCAGCGGUCCCAGUAGUACAGUGGGGCGCCUGGCGCAGUACUUCCUUCCACCUGCCGCGUUCGAGGCCGGCAGCAGCGCUUCCCCGCGCAGCGUCACGAGCGGGGUUGAGGGGGAAAGCCAGUUGGACCUAAGUUUGCGGAGCGACAGCGGCACAAACACGACGAGCGGGGGCCAGAAUGCCCCGACGAACGGGGCUGCGGCAGCUGCAACAGGUGGGGUGGGGAAUGCGAGUGGUACCAGCCUGACGACACGUUAUGCGGUCACCCCCCCGGAGCUUUGCAUUGCCCUGGAACUCUUCGCAAAGCGGCAGAUAACUUCAGUGCAACAGUUAGAGGAGGUUCGGGCCUCUGGCGUUUUCUACCAGCGCCACCAGGAUGCCCAGGUGCGGCAGCAGUGCAGCAUCUCUGUAGUGGAGGCGCUUAGCCAGUGGACCUGCUACGCGAAGCAGCACCGCACCUCCACCUACUCCACCCGUGUCACGGAAAUCAUUGAGCUGUACCUGAAGCACGUGGUGCUGGAGCUUGAUCCCAAGGUUCGGCUGAUGGAGGUCACGAUCCUGGCGGACGCCGUAGAGCUGCGUCCGUUUCUGCUGGAGCAGAGGAUUUUGAAGACGUUGAUGAGCCUUCUCCAUGACACCUCCCGGGUGCGAGAAAAGACGGUGGAGCUCUUCGUCCUGCUCACGCAAGAGCCGCGGAACACGCCUUCGUUGGAGUUGGUGCAGCAAAGUUUGCUCACCAUGGUGGAGUCCUACGUCACGGUGCUUGAGUACUCCGCGGACCCGCAAACCCUCAUUUGCCACACCUCGGACCUGCAAACGCUGGCGAAGUUCUCGCUGGCGCCGCUGAACGCCCACAUGCACCGCAUUUUCAGUGCCUUCCGGGGGCACCUGGUGGACGAGAUGGUGGCGGACGCGAUUGCCCUCGCUAUUCUGAAGACCACCGACACCAUCGUGGGCGCCCUGAUAAAGGAUGAGGCGAUGAUGCUGCAAAACCAGGACGAUGUGGCGGAGUUGUACGCGCCCGUGGUGACGGUGCUGCGCCGAAGCACGUCCACCUCCCUCAGCCACGCCGCCAUUGGGCUGUUGGUGAAGAUGCACGCCAUCGGGGCCUCGCCGCGGGAGUGGAACGCGACGCAGCUGCACGAGCUGCUGCAGUCCAUCACCUCCGUCUACAUUGGUGUCGUAAACAGCACCGAGGUGGAGCUGGAGCAGGUGCUCACGCUGUUUGGCCAGUUGGGUGCCGUGGACCCCGCCACCAAGCCAGACACCGCCGCCACGAAGAAGAAGAACGAUGAGGCGGCCAUUCAGGAUGAGGCCGACCUGGAACUCACCUACGACUACGCCGUCAUUGUCUACCGGGACUUGAGUCGCAUGUUGGACGUGGGGCUGUCCGAGAUGGUGUGCACGCAGACCCUGCGCACCCUGCUGCACCUCGUGCAAACGACAACUGACAAGAAAAACAUUAUCGGUGGGGUUCACGCGGCAAAGGCAGUGUUGCAGAUCGCAAAGCGCUCCAACGACAGCCCCUCGCUUCGGAUAGAGGCGCUACACAUCCUUGCCGCUAUCACCUCACUGCGGUAUGAAAAAAUUAGCAAGAAGCUCCUACCUGAGAUUGUGGUGUUGCUGGAACAGCUCUGGUACCCGCAGGAUCAUGCCCUCUUCCGUGCGGUGCUAGACGUGGUUAGCGCGUUGAAACCAGGGAAACUCUCUGGGAAGGAGCAGGCGGAGGUCUGGCCCUGGCUCUACCCCCGUCUUGUGGAUGUUGCCCUGCAGGAUCACACCGAAUCGAGAGAAUUCUGCCUGCGUGUCGUGAACGUUGUGUUGCAUGCGACGUAUAUUCCCCCACACUGUAUUCCGGUGGUGUUUCCCAUGCUCACGCAGUUUGUGCAACAGCUGGAGCAGUUGGUGGAGGUGCGCUCCGUCUCGUUGUGCGCCUGCAUCCACGUUGUGUGCAACCUAAAGGCGGUGCAGCAUCUCCCGGCGCUGCUGCACGCCAUUCGCAUCCUCACUCGACACUGCGUGCUGAGCGAGGACCUUGGGCCCCGCCUCUCCACCGCGAUGGUGCGGGACGCGCUGCGGGUACUUGCCGCGAUGUGCCUGAGCGGGAACGCGACGAUAGGCGCCCUGCGUGAGCGCCUGCGCGACACGGAGGAGGCGAACAGCACAGGCCCGACGACGUCGUCGGCGGCGGGAAGUGGGACGGACAUUGCGGGCGCCGCGGGGGAGCUGCCGGCGUCGCCGUACGUAAGCCGCUACCAGCAGCACCCGCGCGAGCUGCAGCGCGGCAGCCACUACCUCGACCAGCCGGACGAAGACCGCUACGACGGCUACCCGCCGGGGCACCAGGACACCACGCUCUUCAUGAAGCACGUCGAGUUUGGGCUGCGCACCAGGGACAACAAGUGGCGGGAGUGGUUUGCGGAGUUUCAGAAGAACAUCCUCCUCGUCUCCCCGCACCCCGCCUUCCGCGUUGUGGUAGACCUCUUUGACAAGCACGAGCCGCUGCGCCGCAAGCUGUUCCACCCCUCCUUCAAGUGCUUCUACGAGUCCCUCAACGCGGAGCAAAUGAAGAAGGUGAAUGAGGUGCUGAACCUCGCGCUGCGCUGCAGCGACAGCGAGGUGGUCUCCAAGUGCCUCGGGCUUGCCGGCUACCUUGACCACAACCCGCCCCGCAUCAAGGAGCCGGUGCUGCAGCAGCUCCGCUACCUUGAGAGCAACGACGGCUUCACCCGUGCCACGACCGCCCUGCACUCGGCGCAGGAGCACCAAAGCAGGCCGCUCAGCGACAACUUUAACUUUGAGUCUCCGGUGCAGUCGCUGCGGUCGCCCGUCGACGCACGCAUGGAGCCGAGGAACGCCACGUCGAACCUCAUGGAUGGCCCACUUGGCGGGCUAACCAGUGGCCGCCAAACCGACCUCGGCAGCAACACCAAUAAGAGCAGUAGCAACUUCGGCGACAGCGGCGUGGACGCGGGCGCGGACACGGAUGCGGCGCGGCAUAAUACCCAAAAUAACAAUCAUAAUCAUAAUAAGGGGAUGCAGCGACGAGCGUGUGAAAAUUCGGAGAUUGGCAGCGAGUUUCAUCCUUUGGCACGUCAGAUUACCUCACCGACGCAGCAGGGUCCCAAUUCGCCUGGGUCGUGUCCACGCGUGUCACCGAUUCCCAAUAGUGUCAACCCGCUCUUCACGACGGACAGCCUGGUGGAGGCGGCGCAGCGCGCGCGCAUGUACGAUAAGGCCAUUAGCUACCUUGAGAACAAGGUGCUGCCCGUCAUUGAGAAGUACCGCUACACAAGCAGCGUUCCCAAGGAGGCGGUGCACUCUCUUGUGCUUCCCAUUGCCUGGCUGUACAGUAAGCGUGAGAUGCAGGAUUCCGUCGUUGGACUAUUCCGAGUACUGCGCUACAAGACGGAGAAGGAAGAUGGAUUAAACUACGAAUUGCUGCAGUGGUGGGACGUGGCACAGCGCGUCUACGCUGGAAAGGUGGAGAACAACAAGAAGUGCAGUCUGGUGGAUCUUGAAGGUUACGUGCGGACGCUCUGCCUGUGCGGGGAAUGGGAAAAGGCGCUGCACGUCGUCAAGACGGCCUCCCCGCAGCUGACGCGCUCCUCCGCGGCCAUCGCGCAGUCGGGCGCCAUGGCGGCCUGGAUUCUUGGGGAGUGGGACGACGUUCGGCAGCUGAAGGAGUGUAUCCCUGUGAAGGAGAAGGUCGACACCGCCGUUCGCCUCUUCUUUGAAAACGCGGUUUGCCUCCAUGACGCCUUUCACCGCAAAUCCGGCGGCCACAUCACGGUGAUGUCGGCGGAUGCGCUGCACGCCAUCAUUAGAAAGUCUAAAAUGGGGGUGGAUGAGAGUCUGAAGACGCUGCUGCCGCUUAGCUAUGCACACGCCUACGAAAACCUCACGCUCCUGCAGCACUUUACCGAGAUGGAGGAGCAGGUGGCGUACGUGCAGGCUGAGUCCUCCGUCUUUCGUGAGCAGCUGCUGGAGCGGUGGAAACGGCGCUUUGCGGCGCUUAAGCCGGACUCUCUCAUGCCAAGUCUACGCUCUCUCAUGCUGCACUCACUGGUGCUACAGCCCACAGAGAUGUCGGAGAUGAUUUUAAACUUUUGUGAACGGAUGGGGACAAACUACCCUCAGCUCUCCAUGUGGGCCAUGUCGUGGCUUCAGCAGGGUCACUUUCCACGCAGUAGUCCGGAGGAGACGCGUGAUCACGUCAGCGCUGCCGCCUUGCUGACCUCGCAGCCGCGCGUGGCCGUUGUCUACAUUAGCCAGAUCUGGAGUGAGGGUAGGAGACACCAGGCGGUGCGUAUGAUGGAGGAGUUCCUCAAUGAGACGCAACCACGACUGGAGGAAGAUGAGCCCCUAUGCUACGGUACUGCUCAACACCGUCUAGGUACAUGGAAGCAGGAGGUGCUUGCGGAUUGUUUUUGGAAGAGUGACUACCGCCAGGAGCUACUGCGACACUUUCACGAGGCGAUUCGUGCGUUGCCAAAGAGUUACGAGGCGUGGCACAGUUGGGGACUCAUGAACUAUCGCGUGCAGCAGCGCGACAGCUCCCUCACGACGGAGGAGCAACACAGGUUUGUUGAGGCGGCCCACCAGGGUUUUGUGGCUGCCAUUUGCCGAAGCACCAGCCCCGCCACCGCGCUGCCCGGUGUGAUGCGUUUGCUGCAGUUGUGGGUGUUUCACAAUGGCAUGUCCAUGCUGAAGGAGUCCAUGGCAGACAGCGUCUUCCGCAUUCCCACGGACUACUGGGUGCAGGCCAUCCCGCAGUUGAUCGGUCACCUGAGCGACCGUCGACACGACGUGCGUGAGGUGAUCAGCAUGAUCCUUCGUCAGCUGUGCGAGGAGCACGCCCAGGCGGUGGUGUUUCCACUGCUCGUGGUGUUUAUGUCCGAUGACUGCAGUGGUGGGCAGCAGCUGCGGCGACGGGAGUUGGCGCAGUCCAUCAUCACGGCCCUCCCUAAGCGCAUCAGAUCCGACGCGCGACUUGUGGCGAAGCUGCUGGUGGACGUCUCCGCGAUCCCCAUUGAGAAGAUUCGCGAGCACCUGAGCGCGGUGGCGGCGGUGUGGAACCCCAACGCCGAGUACGAGGGCGACUCCGAGGAGGUGUGUCGGCGGCUGCAGGCGGUGCUGGAGAUCUUCAACGCCCACCGGCACCACCUGCUCUACACGGUCGGCGACGUUGGCCACUACGUGGACGUGGUUCUCGAGGAUGAGCGGCGCGGGGAUCGGGAGAAGGCAAGCAGCAUCGUGGGGCAGCUGCUGGACGAGAUCACCAAGCACAUCGCGGAAAAGCUUGGCAACGAGCCUCAGAAGGCCAUGGAGCCUUUGCUGAGCCUUCGCAACCUUUCCAUCGCGGUGUUUGGGGAGUACGAUAUCCAGUACACAAACUUCCCAACCAUCGCGUCGUUUAGCUCCAAGUUGGACGUCAUCCCGUCCAAGAAGCGGCCGCGGCGCAUCCGCCUCAGUGGGUCAAACGGGUUUAUCUACACCUACUGCCUGAAGGGCAACGAGGACAUACGCAUGGAUGAGCGGGUGAUGCAGCUGUUUGGCAUGGUCAACGUGCUGCUUAGCAACACCCACGCCAGCAACAGUGCCUUUAUUCACCGCUUUCCAGUUAUUCCCAUCAGCAAUAAUGUGGGACUGCUUGGCUGGGUGGAGAACGCCAAUACAAUCAACAACACGAUAUGUAUGCAUCGCAGCACCAUUUCGAAUCUCUGCACUCAUCAGGAGUCAAGCACGCUGCGCUCCUACGUGGAGUCCUUUGGCAGCUGGGAUAAGCUGAGCAUGAUCCAGCGCACGGAGGUCUUGGAGUAUGUCAUGACGCAACCCAACUGCGAGGCGGUGGAUGUCGCGCGUGCGAUGUGGCACCGCUCCCACACGGCGGAGGAGUGGCUUGAGCGACGCACGGCCUUCACCCACUCCCUGGCGACGAUGUCGAUGGUGGGGUACGUCCUGGGGCUCGGCGACCGCCACCUCGGCAACAUUCUGCUUUCCAUGUCAACAGGGAAGAUUGUGCACAUUGACUUUGGUGACAGCUUCGACGUGGGUCGACUGCGCCACGUUCUGCCUGAGACCAUCCCAUUCCGCCUGACUCGCAUGCUGACAAAUGCGAUGGAGGUGUUCGGCGUGGAUGGCAUCUUUCGCUCCUCCUGCACCCGCACCCAGACCACGCUGCACCGCAACUGUGACAGCAUCAUGGCCCUGCUCUCGGCCUUUGUGUAUGACCCAAUCGUGCAGCACAAGGGGACGAUGAAAAGCAUGAUGGAGAAGGGGCGCACGCCGCAGGAUAUUGCGGAACGUAUUCGUAACAAACUCCGUGGGAGAGAAAUGGCUGUGGACCAGAGAGACAUGGUGAUUUUCAACACCGUUUUGGAAAGUGCCCGUCGCCCUGACUUGCUGUACAUGUCCAACGCCUUCAAUGACGCGGCACGGCGAACCCUCGCCAAAUCCCUAACACCGCCGCAGCAGGUCGCCAUGCUGAUUGACGAGGCCACGCGUGUGGAGAACUACGCCGCGCUGUACUUUGGCUGGGGCCCGUUGUGGUAA